CGCGGGAGGCGGCGCUCGGAGCCCCCUCCCCGCCACGCGUGGGUCCCUCGGACACCGGCGUUCCCCCCCCCUCCUCCCGCCGGGCUGCGGGACCGAAGGGGUUAAGGCCGCGGCGUGACGUGGCCCCGCCGGCCCCGCCUCCCGGGCCGCCCCGCAGGAGCUGUCAGCGGCCCCGGCCCCGGCCCGGCCAUGGCGGGGCUGCUGCAGGCGCUGGUGGGUGCCUCGGAGAAGGCGGCGCACAUCGCCCGGCUGUGCCGGCGAGAAGAGCCCCUCUUCCAGCUGCUGGUGGCCGAGAAGACGGGGGCCGACAGGAACAGAAGGUUCCUGCAGGACUUCAAGACGCUGGCGGACGUCCUCAUCCAGGAGGUCAUCAAGCACGACCUGGGGAAGGAGUUCCCCGAGCUGCGGGGCCACAUCCAUGGCGAGGAGUCCAACGAGUUCAAGAACGGGCAGGGGGAGACGGUGGCGGUGCGGGUCUGCGCCACGCCGGGAGACACCGCCGCCCUGCUGCUCUCCGUGCUGGAGCCCGAGCGGGCGGCCGCCGAGCUGCUGGCGGCCGCCGUGCACCGGGACGUGGCGCUGGAGGACGUGGAGUUGGCCGGCGUGGCGCUCAGCAUCCCCCCUCAGGACCUGGCCAUCUGGAUAGACCCCAUCGACUCCACCAACGAGUACAUCGCGGGGCGCGAGGACGUGGCUCCCGUCGACGGCAUCGCCCCGGCGGGGCUGUGCUCGGCGCUGGUGCUCGUCGGGGCCUACGACCGGCAGACGGGCUGCCCCGUGCUGGGCGUCAUCAACGAGCCCUUCUUCCGCCGGGACCCCCUGACCCCGCAGGUACCGGCACCGGCUGGGUGGGCACGGCCAGAUCCCGGCCCCCAAAGGCCGGGAGAGCCUGGGGACCCGGCGACGGGGUCCGCGCUCAGGGUGCCCGUCCCCCGCAGGUGGCAGGGGAGGUACCACUGGGGCGUCGCGUACGGGGACACGCGGCUGUGCUCGCUGAGCCCCCCGCCGCCGCGCCCCGCGCCCUGCGUGGUGCUGAGCCGAGCGGAGGGUGGAGCGGUGCGGGCAGCCCUGGGCCCCCUCUGCGGUGACCGCCUGCGCUUCGCCGCCGGUGCCGGCUACAAGAUGCUCUGCGUCAUCCUGGGACUGGCGGACUCCUACGUCCUCUCCGAGGGCAGCACCUUCGCCUGGGACGCCUGUGCCCCCCACGCCAUCCUGCGGGCCCUGGGGGGUGUCGUGGCCCUGGCGGGGGCCCUGCGGGAGCGGCGAGCGGGCGACACCGGCCCCCCCCCCGAGCUGGUCUACAACCGCCCGGCGGAGGGGGCGGUGGGGGCCGAGCGCUGGGCAAACCGGGGUGGCCUCGUGGCCUAUGCCCACCCCGGGCACUUGGAGGCCGUGCUGGCCGCGCUGGCCGCCGUGCCGGGGCUCUGAGCCCACGGCGGCCGGGACCCCGGGGUGUAAGGUGGGGGGUGGCAGGGACCCUGGGGUGCAGGGUAUGGGGUGGCUGGGAACAGGUUGCCAGGACCCCGGUGGUGGCAGGGACCAAGAGGUACAGGGUGUCGGGGGACCCCAGGGUGCAAGUUAUAGGGUGGCUGGGACCCUGGGGUGCAGGGUACAUGGGGUGGCAGGGACCCCGGGGUGAAGGGUGCGGGGUGGCAGGGACCCUGGGGUACAGGUUAUAGGGUGGCUGGGACCCCGGGGGUGCAGAGUGUGGGGUGUCCGGGACCCCAGGGUGCAAGUUACAGGGUGGCUGGGACCCCAGGGGUGCAGGGUACGGGGUGGCAGGGAACAGGGUCCCCAGGACCCCAGGGUGCAAAUUAUAGGGUGUCUGGGACCCGGGGGUGCAGCGUGUGGGGCGGCUGGGAACAGGGUCCCCGGGACCCCAGGGGUGCAGGUUUCGGGGGUGGCAGGGCCAAGGACCACGGGCCGGCCGGCCCCCCGGGGCGCAGGGUCCCCGGGACCCCCGGGAUGCGGGACAGGGUGGGAGCUCCGUGUGCCGGGACCCCCCC